GAGAGGCUGAACUGGCAUCAGGAUCUGAUGUAAAUGGGAGCACAGAAUCAUUUGAGAUGGUAAUAGAAGAAACCUCAAUGGAUUCUGCAGUCAAGCAGAGCCUUGAAGCACCCACAACAGAACUGGAAUGGAUUCCCCUGGAAUUAUGCUUUGGCAUUCCACUCUUCAGCUCUGACUUGAAUCAGAAGGUCUGCAGAAAAAUUGCCACUCAUGGAUUAUGUAGAAAAGAAAGCCUUCAAAAGCUCUUACAUUCCAGUAGAAAACUGUCUCUUCAGGUCCUUAAUUUCGUUCAUUCAUUCCAGGAAGGUAUUUCGACACUGGAUCAGCUCCAUGAUGCUGGUUCUUCAAGUUCGCUUUUGCAGCCUAUUUCGGCAGAUAUGGGCGUUCCUCUUCCUGCCAAGAAUCUCAUGUUCAAAGAAGGCGUCUUGUCGGAAUGGAAUGGGUGGUCACCUUCCUCAGUUCUUUUCAACCACGCCUAA